UAAAAGAUGGGUAGGUCAUAGUUUUUAAAGUGCUUUGAAUAUCCGCUGUUCUUUCUCUUCACUGGUGCAAGUCUAUCAAGACAAAGUUUUUAUCAGUCAUUGUUAGACAUAAAAUCUUAUGCUGGCAAUGAUGAUGAUGACGCUGAAUGUGUUUGGGGUUGUGUGCUCAGCUUAAUUAGCCUGCAAACCCACCUCCCCAUUUCAGCAUUUAGAGAGAGAAAAUCUAGAGAGAGAGAGGGAGAAUUAAUUAAGUAGUCCCCAUAACAAGUCAUUUUCCUACUUUCCUUUUAGUACUGUUGGGGUGUUUGGGGUUAUUAAGAGGUGUCUCUGAUUUGCUUUGUGCCCUUCGCUUUGUUUUUGCUAGUAAUGGUGUGUUGUGGCUAGUUUUUUCUCAAUUUCUUUGUCUUUGUUGGGCACUGAAUGAAAUGGGGAUUUUCGAAAGGCUUGUACCAAUAUUUUUAAUCUUUGUUGUUAUUGUUUUCUCGCAAAGAUUGAGUGUCGUUUCGGGCUUAAAUUACACAAGAUAUAGGAAAGUUGGGAGCUUGAGACUUGCAAGGAUUCAGAGACAUCUGGAGAAGAUCAACAAGCCUGCUCUUUUAACCAUAGAGAGCCCAGAUGGAGAUAUCAUAGAUUGUGUCCAUAAAAGAAGGCAACCAGCUUUAGAUCAUCCUCUUCUAAAGAAUCACAAGAUCCAGAGAGUUCCACCAGAAAAGCCCAAGAUGAGAAUGAUGAAAGAAAGUGUAGAGAGAGAUUACAAGAAGAAGAAUAGUAGUAGUGGGAGUGAUGGAGUCAUUAGAGACAGUGCAUGGCAAAUGUGGCAUCAAAAAGGACAAAGGUGUCCCAAGGGCACUGUUCCUAUACGGCGCACCACAGAGCAUGAUGUGUUGAGAGCCAAGUCUUUGUAUGACUUUGGGAAGAAACAGAGCAGAUCACCAACCCUUCAUAGACGCGUUGAUGCGCCGGAUGUAGUGAGUGGCAAUGGACACGAGCAUGCAAUCGCAUACACCAAAGCAUCGUCAGAGGUGUAUGGGGCAAGGGCGACCAUAAAUGUGUGGGACCCAUCAGUGGAAGUGGUCAACGAGUUUAGUCUCUCCCAGAUUUGGGUUCUUUCGGGAUCAUUCGACGGCUCAGAUCUCAACAGCAUAGAAGCUGGCUGGCAGGUUAGUCCGGAGCUUUAUGGUGACAGCAGGCCAAGAUUAUUCACUUACUGGACGUCGGAUUCAUAUCAGGCGACUGGAUGCUACAACCUUUUAUGUUCAGGAUUUGUGCAAACCAAUAGUAGAAUAGCCAUCGGAGCUGCUAUUUCUCCGAUAUCGUCAUUUUCCGGCAAUCAAUUCGACGUCUCCAUUCUCAUUUGGAAGGAUCCGAAGUUAGGAAACUGGUGGAUGGGCUUCGGCGAAAACAUGCUGGUAGGUUAUUGGCCGGCCGAGCUUUUCACGCACUUGGCGGAGCAUGCCACCAUGGUGGAGUGGGGUGGCGAGGUGGUGAACUCGCAGCCGAAUGGCAAACACACCGCCACCCGAAUGGGGUCAGGCCGCUUUGCAGAAGAUGGUUUUGGAAAAGCAAGCUAUUUCAGGAACAUAGAGGUUGUGGACUCAGAUAAUAGCCUCAGCUCAGCCCAAGACAUAUCAACCCUAGCUGAGAACACCAAUUGUUACAGCAUCAAGAGCUCCUACAACAGUGGAUGGGGCACACAUUUCUACUAUGGUGGCCCUGGAAACAAUCCAAAAUGUCCAUGAUCUUGUUCAAACCAUCAUCCAUAAUAGUUAAGGAAAAUGCUAUAACGAAUGUGUACGUGCACGAGCUCAUGCCUCAUAAUCAUUGGAUGGAGAGCCUAUACGGCUAGCCUCUCAAUCCAAGGACUAUAAAGUGUGAGCUUACUAAAAAUGUUUUUGUUAUAGACUCGCUCAACAAUAUCACGAACAAGAGCGAAUGAGUCUUAUGAAUGUAAUCGGACUUGCUUAGUCAGACUAUAAAAGCAUUUUCCGUCCAUUUAUUCAUGUAAAAAUUUGUAUUCUUAAAUUCUUUCUUUAAAUUUUGAAGUAAAUAAUUAGGGCUAUUUCCUAUUCUUUGGGGCUA